AUGGAGGCUUUUCUGAAAGAUAUCAAGUUAACCUCCAAGAGCCUGUUUGUAUAUAGAGACAUGCAUGAAUAUGAGAAUCGCUUGAAAACCUUCACUGAGUGGCCUUUUAAGGAUAAAUGCAAAUGCACCCCUGAAAAUAUGGCCAAUGCUGGCUUUAUCCAUUGUCCGAAUGUGGGUGAACCUGAUGUGGCAAAGUGUUUCUUCUGCUUGAUAGAGUUGGAGGGCUGGGAGCCAGAACAUGAUCCUUGGUUGGAACACUCCAAGCGCAGCAAGGACUCUUGUGGAUUUUUGUCCCUCUCAAAGAAUGUUGGCGACCUGACAGUAGAGGAAUACUAUGAACUAGAGAUGGAGAGGGUCAGGAUUUUCCUUUGCAAAACUGGCUGGAGCAUAAUAAACGCCUUUGAAAAGGAAGUGGCCAUAACUAGGAGACGACUCGUGGAUCACUUUCUGAAUGAGUACCAGUAUGCAGCAGAAUCGGCUAAGCCUUCCGAGACACUCCAGCAGUCCGCUGUUCCUGCUGCAGAAGAGAACUGUGUGCUAACCCCCAAAUAG